CGCCUGAAGCGGCGUUCAUUGAAAUCUCUCAUCCAAAGUCCUCAAAGGGCCAAUCCACUUUUCCCAAGCUUCUUCCUCCGACGCUCCUUCAAUUCGAUUCCCUUUUUUUCUCCAAGCUUUUCUGGCCUGAUUUCUCUAUUUUAUGGAGACUCCGUCGUCGUCCACCACCCUCGCGCUGCCGAAACAAUCACCAAGUCGCCAUCCGAGGUCAUCGCCAUCGUCGACAGCAUCAUCCGUUCCAGAGUUUUAUUCAUCAUCGUCGACAGACAGAGAACGCAGUUCAACUGAAUCUGCCAUAUUUACAAUCUACUCCAUGUACGGCGACGACGAAGAACAAGCCAGCUGGACUGCUUCUUCAACCUUCGAGGAUCCUUCCAAAGAACUCGACUUGUCCCUGGGGAACAGCUUCGCUUACAGUAACUUUUUUAAUCAAAGAACUUCAUAUGUUUCCAAUACCGACACUACAUAUAUCGACCUAUCCUCAGACAUGAAGCCUUUUGGCAAAUUGUCAAACCCUCAUGAUCGGACACGGCUAUCGGCAACCUCGAAUGGUUCUGCCAACUCGUCCUAUCCACUCCCACUUUCUGAUCGUACCAGUUCGUCUUCUCAUGGAAGAGACACUUUGGAACUUCCUACACGUUCCAAGCGCGUUCCUCCCAUCCCAACUCGCCCCAAAAGUGCUCUCACUUCAUAUAGUUCUUCGACUGACCUAGACGCCGUUUCACCUCCUGUAUCACAUCUUACGCCUCCCCACAGUCGUUCACCAUCCCUGCUGAGAAGCAGAGAAUUCCCUGUCCCUGAACCUACUUUGGUUCUCACCCCCCCACAGCCGACGUCUUCUUUAAUCCCACCACCCUCUCAAACCCCAUCUUCUUCUCCCACAACUAAACAGCAGUCGAAAUUGAGUUCUCCGUCUAGCAAAGUCUCCCUGGUGCCCUCAGAAGGUGAAGAUCUGGACGCGUUCCACGUGCGGAGUACGUAUGCACACCUUGACGCGAUUGGUGUCAAGGGCGACGGCUACGAGGAGGGCGUCGAACGCACGCGUGCACGAAUACGUGCCAGUAGAGGAAGUGAGUUACGCGCAGAGGCUGCUCUGGCUGGUCCCUCGGAGAAAUCCCGAGAACUUGAACCUGAAGAGCUCAAAGUGCUAUCAAGCUUAGAUCGCUAUGGAUUCUUCAUCGUACCAUCUCACGACCGACUGGUUCUACUCCCAUCUGGUCCUCUGCUUAAACGAUUAGCGUCAGUCAGGGCUGGCUCGAAAAAAUCAUCCCCGAGCCAUGCUGUGUCUGUCAGCUCACUUCCCGCAGCUUCAUCUCCGCUCAAGGAACAGAUGCGGGUUGCCAAGUGGGACAGGAUGCUGGAAGUCCGUAGUCGCGACAGUGGCGGAAAUGUAGAAUCGUGGGGUAUCAAGGCAUCGAAAACGCACAAGCUUCGCCAGAGGGUAUACAAGGGGAUCCCUGACAGGUGGAGAAGGGCAGCUUGGGAGGUGCUCAUGAAUCGGUUUUCGAAAUCCGGAUGCGAGGCAGUUGAGCAGCUCGAAGAGUGCUAUCGGCAAGACUUGGAGAGGCCCUCAAGCUACGACAUUCAGGUCGACUUGGAUGUGCCAAGAACGAUCAGUGGUCACGUCCUGUUUCGCACGCGGUACGGACUAGGGCAACGUUCCCUGUUUCACGUCCUGCACUCCUUCUCGUUACGAUGCCAUCAAUGUGGCUACGUGCAGGGCAUGGGUCCUAUUGCUGCGACUCUCCUAUGCUACUUCGAGCCUGAAAAAGUUUAUGCCGCCCUUUCCCGCUUACAUGAUACCUACAAUAUGCAUACCAUCUUUUCCCCCGGUUUUCCAGGACUACUGCAGGCCAUUUACGUCCAGGAACGAAUCAUGGAAUCGAAGAUGCCAGACGUGUACGCCGCUUUCAAGCAACAUAUGAUUUCUACGACUUCAUACGCGACAAAAUGGUACAUCACGCUAUUUGCCAAUUCCGUCCCUUUUCAGACGCAGCUCCGGUUAUGGGACGCGUAUCUCUUAGAGGGGGAAGACCUUUUCAUUGCGGUGGCAAUUUCCAUCGUAUGGGUCUAUCGAGAUCACAUUACAUCCGAUUCUGCCAAUUUCGAAACCAUACUCUCCCUCCUCUCCUCUUUUUUCGUACCCGAAGACGAUGACUCACUUCUAUCCUGGAUAGAACGCAUGCUCGGCGACAAAAAGCUGCGAAUACAGAUGGCGCAGUGGCGUCAGGACUGGACCAAGCUUGUCGCGUCAGGUAGGGAUGGUGAUGCGCUUCUAUAGCAUCGCCCCCUGUCUCUCGGGUUUAUAUUCCCAUCCCCUUCCUUGCUACUGCUUCCGCCAUUAAUCCUCUACGUCUUGAUAUCAGACUUGCAUUGUUAUUGGAACGCUUGGUAUAUAUUGCGACCGCAUCACUGUCGUUGUACUCACUCUCACUGCCAUUGUUCGCAUCAUUAAUGGAAUCAGUUAAAUUCAA